UGUGGCCACUGACCUAGGGCACGUUUGGGGUGUGUGAGUGUGAGAGUGAGAGUGUGUGUGUAUAUAUGAGAGAGUGUGUGUGAGAGAAAGUAUUUGUGUGAGUGUUUAGGUUUAGGUCAAGAAGAGCCAGAGCUGCUGAGGGGAAAAUAGCCCACCCUCCUUCCUUAAGCUGUCCAGACCCAGUUAAUUUACUGUACUUGUGUUAUUUUCUCUCUCUCUCUCUCUCUCUCUCUCUCUCUCUCUCUCUCUCUCUCUCUCUCUCUCUCUCUCUCUCUCUCUCUCUCUCUCUCUCUCUCUCUGUGUGUGUGUGUGUGUGUGUGUGUAUCCAGCCCAUUCCUUUCUCAGUGCUCUGUUUGCUGGGAAGCCUCUCUGCCUUAUUGAACGAGGAGACGAGCGCGUGCUUACGGGCACUGUCUCGGUUCUCUGGGUUACGAGGGGCUCCACACACACACACACACACACUUUCUCUCUCACACACACACCAUGUGUGCCAGUUUAUUUAUCUAUCCUGCACUCUCGACCACAGGCAUUGCCCCUCAAAAGAGACCACCAAAAAGAUUGCUGGAUAGACCACCAGGCCUACUCCUCUAUAGCAAGUUUUAAAGAAAAAAACUUAUAACAGCUGAUCAGAGAGAUAACCAGCAAUAACUGAGGCUUUUCUGAACAGUCUGAGGUACAGAAAGUGGGAUAAUCCCACUCAGACCCUUUCAUAGCCCCCCAUUCAAACAGCGAGCUGGUUGGUGUUUAUAGCGCUGUGUUAUUUCUCAGUCCGCCAGAGGGUGCUGCUCACUGUACAGUGCUAUCCGCUAUACACAGGUGGAGCGCACUGUUCUGAAAUACAACUGGGCUGCAUGCUCAGGAGCGCUGACACCACACUCACACACACACACACUCACAGGCUCUCUCUCACACACCACUGUACAUUAAAUCCAGACACACUCCUAGAGCUCCUUAAAUCAGGGCGAACACGAACGAUCGCGCUCCUCCAACCACAGAGACGCUGUAUUAAAUACGAUCCGCUGUAUUAUUUUUACACAUCAACUUUUUAAACAGCAUUUUGCUCAACUUUACAACACUUUUCCCUCAAAUUAUUUUUUAUAUCAUAUCUCUGAGCGUGCGAGUGCAUUUUAAUAGCCUUUCGUUUUUUUUCUAAACUCGAUUUGAGCAUUUUUUUAUUUGUUUUAUCGCUUACUUUUGUUGAAGUACAAUUUUUAAUCGUGCAUGGCUACAUUUCGAUGCAUUUCUCGUGCAUGCGCGCGUUUUAGCCUCUCUGCAAGCCCCCGGUUCGGAAGAGCGCGUGCAGCCGAGCUGUGAGUCCGAGUCCCAGGACACUUGCAGCGCCGCGCGACCUCAGCCGCGAGCAUCAGCAUCAGCACUAGAGCCCCGCCGCGUGCCCGUCCCGCGCGCCACACCGAGCACGAUUCAGCGAGCAAAGGGUCCACCAGAUCUAUGGCAUUGAGACAAUGAGCAGGAGAGCAGAGUUAUUGGAGCAGCUGCGUUUUGUCCAUCUAAAAUGCACCCCUCGAGACAUGCCCUGCGUUCAGGCCCAGUACGGCCCUGCGCCCCCCGGUUCCAGCUACUCCGCCCAGUCGUUUGGUUAUCACAGCGACUACAGUGCUGACCUCAUGUCGGACUACGCCAAGUGCGAGCUCGGCGGGGGCGAGAUCUCGGCCGCCGCCGCCACCACCUCCCUGCCCAGCUUCAACGUCUUCGUGGAGGGAGGCUUUGAGCCCAAGCCCUCCUGCCUGUACCAGCUGCCCCCUCAGCGGCCCACCAUCAAGAAGGAGGAGGAGAGUUACCCUCCCAUGUCGGUUUCAGAAGAUGCUAUAGGCGGCUCCAUGUACUUUAAGCAGUCGCCGCCCUCCACGCCCCCCACCCCGCUGCACCCCGGCCCGCCAGGUGCGUCCUCCUUCCUGUGGGAGGAGACUCACCUGCCCCCCGUCCCCCAGCCCUGCCUCAUGGAGACCUCCCUGAAGGGACCUCGUUUUUCCCACUUCUACGAGCCCUCAGCCCCCUCCUCCAGCGGCUACGACACACCCAUGGGCCUGCAGCUCCGUCCCGAGCGCUCACCUUCAUCCUCCUCCUCUUCCUCACACCCACCACCCAGCCUGGACUCUCACGCACACACUCACGCGCACGCGCACUCGCACAUGUACCCGCUGAACAUGGGCAAGCCCAUGUUCCGCUCCCUGGGCAUGGGCCCGUGCCCGCCCUCACUGCUGGGGGAGAGCCUGCCAUCGCCACCCAGCCGGGCCAGCUCCGGGGAGGGCACGUGCGCAGUCUGCGGAGACAACGCGGCUUGCCAGCACUACGGGGUCCGGACGUGUGAGGGCUGCAAAGGCUUCUUUAAGAGGACAGUACAGAAGAACGCCAAGUACGUGUGUCUGGCCAGUAAAAACUGCCCUGUGGACAAAAGGAGACGGAACCGCUGUCAGUACUGCCGCUUCCAGAAGUGUCUCAGUGUGGGCAUGGUGAAGGAAGUGGUGCGCACAGAUAACCUAAAGGGGAGGAGAGGUCGUCUGCCAUCAAAACCAAAGAGUCCGCUCCAGCCCGAGCCGUCACCUCCAUCACCUCCUCUCAGCCUGCUGAAUGCUCUGGUCAGAGCAUACUCCCAGUCCAUACCCAGAGAACUGGACUACAGACAGUUCAGCGCUGUAGAGACCGGUGGUCUUGCCGAGGCUCAGCAGAUCCAGCUGUUCUACAGAGUGCUAACCGGUUCCAUGGAGGUCACGCGCUGCUGGGCAGAGCGCCUGCCAGGAUUCUCUGAGCUUCAUCCCGACGACCAGAACGUGCUUAUAGACUCGGCCUUUCUCGAGCUGUUUGUGCUCCGCCUGGCCAACAGGUCGUUGUUGGCGGAGGAGAAGUUUGUGUUCUGCACAGGGCUGGUGCUCCACAGACUGCAGUGUCUGCGAGGUUUCGGAGAAUGGCUCGACUCCAUCAGAGACUUCAGCGCCCACCUUCAGAGUCUCAACCUGGACUUACCGGCCUUCUCCUGCCUGUCUGCUCUUGUGUUGCUCACAGAGCAAUGCCCCGGCCUCAAAGAGCCCAAGAAGGUAGAGGAGCUGCAGUCCAAACUCAUCUGCUGUUUGCGGGAACACCUCAGCUCCGGCGGGGCCGGAGGCGUGGCUGCCGCGAGCAAGGCUCCUCCCUCCACGGCCGCCGUGCUGGGCCUGAGGGCCGAGCUCCGGUCUCAGCGUACUCAAGGCCUCCAGAGGAUCUUCUACCUGAAACUGGAGGACUUAGUCCCGCCCCCUCCGCUCAUCGACAGGUUCCUGGACACCCUUCCCUACUGAUGAGAGAAACGCCCACCAAGCUCACAGACACUCCCACAAAUGCUCACUCAGAUGGCGGCAGUGCAGAACGCAUCACUGAGGGACAGAGCCUGUAGUUGGAAGAGACUCAUGAACUACAUUUCCCAUGAGACUCUGAUGCGGCACUUCGGUGCCACAGGAGCUCAGCCAGAGAAGCGCUUUUUUCACUUUGGCCCUGCACUGGACAUUGUAGAUGUGUGUGACUAUAAAUGAGUGUGUGUAUGUGUGUGUGCGUUUGAGUGCGUGUAAGUGUGAGGGAACAAGCUGUGCUUUUGGACUAUGGUUCAGUGUGUCACGGGGAAACAUUGUGUUUGCGAAUGUGUGUGAGUGAGAGUGUGUUGGGAGUUUUUUUUUUUUUCAGUCAGAAAGCACCCAGAAUGCUUUGCUGCCACUCAUGUAGACUAGGAAGGCAAUAGCUGUUCAGUCACACAUGUACACAUCACACACAGACCCUCGCUUUCUUGCAAGUUAAGUGUUUUAAAGAAUUUUUUCAGUGUUUUUCAAUAUAAUCUGCUUCUGCUGCAUCUGUAGAAUAUGAUGGAUUUACCACAGAUGACAAAUUCAGUGUUGUCCACACUUUGGAAUAGGGAUGCACAAUAAUAUUGGCAGGGUAUUUGAAAGAAUAUUGGCAAGAAUAUUGGCAAUAAUUUGGAAUCCAGCCCAGCAUGACUUACAUUUUAAUAAUGUUAUACAGGUAUGCUAAUAUAGCGUAAGGAUUCUUGCCCUAGGACUUUUAUUGGGGUAGUUUGUUGUGUUUAACUGGCUUAGAAACUAAAACGUAGUCUGCCACAGAAGGGUGGCAUUGUUACUCAAUUUGCACCACUAACCAG